CGCGAGGCCGGUCAGACCGGCCAGAUGAGUUCACGUAGCAUAGAUCUGGGAUCAGUUUCCUUCCCGGCUAGAAACCCUGAGUUCAACAGGUGUUGGCAGCGACCGACAGGCACUGUUUUACUACCUGUUUCAGUGGGGGAAAUCCACAGACAAAGUAUCAGCUGUGAGAGGAAAUCUGAGUCCCCAAUGUCUUCAGGAGGAGUUGGCUCUGUCAUCAGGUUCGACCAAGUGAGGGAGAUCCCACAUUAUGACCAGGUCCCUGUGGGCUCUCUAUGGCAGGACCCAAAUCUUCCUCCAUACCCUGUGCCAUUGCAUGGGACAAUACCUGCCGUCAGUUUAAACCCACUACCCCCUCCUCCUCUACCUGAACAGCCAGCUGUUGGCCCUGAAUCCUUCUGCUCCUCAAGUGACGAUGAACCAGUGGAGGGUGACUGCGAUGCCAUGGACAUUAAGCCAGUCCGCCGCUUCAUCCCUGAUUCGAUUAAGAACUUCUUCCGUGGUAACAGUGGUAACCGUGGCAGUAAAGAUUGGCCCGUUCCUCCACCUCCAUCAACUCUACCUCCACUUUCUGCCCCCUCAUCCAUAAAGAACAGCAAUUGCCACACCACGGCAGGAGUCCCCUGCUCACCCCCCAACUCCGCUCCCCCAUCUCCUUCCCUUCCUGGCUCCUAUCGGAAUACUUAUGGAGGCUCUGGAGGCAGCUAUAUCACUCAGAAAGAGCAAGAGGGGCUACUGCUAGGUGCUGAAGCCCUAGAUUCUGUCUCUGCAGUUCCAACCAAUCUCUCAGCCCAGACUUAUCUGGAGCGAGUGGAUGAGUACCACCAACGCUAUGCCUAUAUGAAGUCCUGGGCUGGCCUGCUCAGGAUCCUAGGCUGUGUGCAACUGCUUCUUGGAGCUGCUGUGUUUGCUUGUGUCUGUGCUUAUGUUCAUAAAGACAAUGAGUGGUUUAAUAUGUAUGGGUACUCACAGCCACAGCUUUAUGGAGGGCUUGGUGGAGGUGCUGGAGCAUUUGGCGGCAGUUACUACACAGGCCCCAAAACACCCUUUGUCCUGGUUGUGGCUGGCCUUGCUUGGAUAGUGACUGUUAUUCUGGUUGUUCUUGGAAUGACGCUAUACUACAGAGCUAUCCUUCUAGACUCCUCUUGGUGGCCCCUCACAGAGUGUACCAUCAACUUGGUCUUGGCCGUGCUCUAUUUAGCAGCAGGCAUAGUGUAUGUGAGAGACACAACUCGAGGGGGGUUGUGCAACAUGCCAGUCUUCAAUAAUGGUGUAAAUGGGGCAUUCUGUCGUACUGAGGCAGGACAAACAGCAGCCAUCAUCUUCCUGUUCCUCAACACGGUGCUCUAUAUCAUUAGUGUUGGAGUGUGUCUGAAGUUGUGGAGGCACGAAGCAGCCAGAAUGAGAAAGGAGGGGCUGGCAGAGGAGAUGAGAACCAUUGGAUCAUCAAUCCCAUUAUCUGCACUGGGUUCAUCCUCCAGGGCCUCAGAGCAGACUCCUCUCCCCACCAUCCAGCCAGACAUCAUGGACACUGCAAACAUUGCCUCAGUUGGCCCUUUGCAGGCGCUGGAGCCAGAAAUCCUCAGAGGUCAUAUACCAGCUGGACACAUCCCAAAACCUGUUGUUAUAGCAGACUAUGUAGCGAAGUACCCAAGCAUCCGCUCAGAUGAAGAGCGGGACCAGUACAAGGCUGUGUUCAAUGAUCAAUAUGCUGAGUACAAGGAGUUGCAUGCUGAGGUUCAGGCCAUGGCCAAGAAAUUUGAAGAGAUGGAUGAAAUGAUGCAGGCUCUGCCCUCCCGACCUUCCAGCCAGAUGGAAAAGGAGCGGAUCAAUACUAUUUUAGUGGAAUAUCAGAGGAAGAAAGCUGACCCAACAUAUUUGGAAAAAAGGGAUAGGUGUGAGUACCUAAAGAACAAGCUCUCUCACAUCAAACAGAAGAUUCAAGAGUACAAUAAGGAAUCAUACACCUGUAGGGCGCGUCCCUUUGCACUCCCUGUGCGCGCGGUAUGGAUGGUUGCUGUCGCGCGCACAGUUUUGUUUAUUACGUUCGUCACAUCAGCGUCCUAUUUAAUCGAAGCAGACGGUUCGCCACACAAGAUUGAAUGCCAGUUACCCUUCAUUAUGCCGAGCAACAAACACAGCCACCCAUCACACCAUCAGAGUGGUAGCAAACACCACAGCAGCAGGCACAGACGCAGUGAGCACAUGUCCAAUCCAGCCUUUUCCUACUAUUCAGGAAACAAGAUGCUUCACUUCUAUCGCUGGACAUCACCACCGGGUGUGAUGAAGAUAUUGUGUAUCAUCAUCAUCAUAAUGUGUGUGGCAGUGUUCGCCUGUGUGGCCUCCACCCUGGCCUGGGACUACGAUAUAGGCCUCACGGGUCUGGGAGGUGGAACUGGCUUGCUGCCUGGUUCAUUUGGUGGUUCAUUUGGUGGUUCAUUUGGCGGUUCAUUUGGCGGUGGGGGCCUUGCCAGUGGUGGUUCCUAUGGAGAAACACAAAUGGAUCCCAAAGCUGGCAAAGGCUUUAUCAUUGCCAUCGCUGGCAUUACCUUCAUUGCUGUGCUCAUCAUUUUUGUCUUGGUUAUUUCAAGACAAAGUUCUGCCCGGUCACCCACAUUCUACCUAGCAACUAUCAUCAUCUGUGCCAUCUUGGCAUUUUUGAUGAUCAUUGCAACUAUUGUGUAUUUGGUGGCGGUGAAUCCAACAGCACAGUCCACAGGGUCCGUGUACUACAGCCAGAUCCGUCAGCUCUGUUCCCAGUACCAGAGCCAGACCCAGGCCCAGGGCAUCUUUCUCAACCAGUACCUCUACCAUUACUGUGUGGUGGAGCCCCAAGAGGCCAUCGCCAUUGUCCUCGGCUUCCUGGUGUUUGUUGCCCUCAUCAUCCUGCUGGUGUUUGCAGUCAAGACCCGCUCAAAGAUCAGGCGUUGGGGCCAGGAGCGCAUUCUCUGGGAGGAAGAAAAGGCUGUUUACCCUGGGCACCACAACAGUGUUGGGGAGUGGGUCAAAAAUGUGUCUGGUGACCCCCAAGUUCUACUCAACGACCAUAAUGACCAAGUUGGGGGGUCUAGAGACUAUCUAGACCGGCUGGACAGAAAGCCUCUUUACCUACCAGGAGACUCUGACAUCAGUAGCACUGUGGAGGGUGUGAGGCCAAAGCUAAAGGACUAUGACACUGGAGCGGAGUCUGGUGAUGACCUGGAGGAGGAGGACUUCAGUGUUUUAUUUCCGUCCAUUGUGGAUGAGCAAGAGCGUCUAAUCUACAAACGGGAGUUUGAUCAGGACCACCGCGAGUACAAGAGCCUGCAGGCUGAGCUCGAUGGCAUAAACCAGGACCUGGCGGACCUGGACAAAGAACUGAACCAACACCCACAGGGCAGUCCCCUCUUCCUGAUCACCAUGAAUGAAUACACCAAACUGAAGAAUCUUAAGAAGUCCCCAGACUACCAGAUUAAGAAGAAGAGGUGUAAAUAUCUCAGGGCCAAGCUCUCACACGUCAAGAGAAAGAUCAGUGAAUACGACCGUCGACCUUGAACCUUUACCUGUUACCUGAUUUAUGCAUGGAAAGAAUCAGAUCUGCAAGUUCCCACCCCACUGUUUGUUACAACUCAACACUAUACUAUAGUGACCACUUGUUGCAUCUACAUUGCAUUUUUACGCUAAUCAAUAUGAUCUGUUUCUACAAGAGAAGUGGUGGAAAUUAAUAUUACUACCAUGUUUGAUCAACUUUUCUGCCUCCAAGUUUCAUGAAGAACUAUUUUGAUGAAUAACAAGGUUGUAUAAAAUACAUGAUAUUAUGCUUCUCUCCUGAAGAUAGAGAGGGAGAAAUGUGAGAUUUUUUUUUUCUGUGCUGGUGUUAAUAGAGCAGUUGUGGUGCUUCUUUUAUAUCUUUUUUCUCGAGAGGCACAGGAAAAAUGAACCAUGAAUUUGUUUGGCAUCGUGAAGUCUUAUCUAUUGUAAAUAUUUGUUUUUAGUCCUUAAAUUGUUCUUUUAUAAACUUUUCUUUAAUUUCAUGCUGUUUUCUGUAAAUGAGGACAAAUUCUGUCCUUCGAUUAUUAUAGACCUGUUUCAUGGUGGAUAUUAAAAGGAAAACUGUCA